GGAAGCUUCUCAAGAUGAGAAAUGGAAUGAAGUUAUGGAUCUGGAAAUAGAUGCUCUUCUUCGAACCAACACUUUCACAGUUAUACCGAAGCCGCCAAAUGUAAAACCCAUUGGGAACAAAUGGGUUUACAAGGUUUUGUUUUCAAGCUGGGCACUUUGGACAUACAUCCUCCAGCUUGAGGGAGGGUGUUAGUAUGUAGAGUAGUUAUAGAUACAAAUUGUAAUAUUUGUACAAUUCAGGUACUGUAUUGUAAUUUAGUUUAAUAGAACUGAUAUAAAUAUUGUAAACAGAAUAUUGUAAAUUUACUUUUGGUGAAAUAAAAUAGAACUAUUUUCUCUCUCA